AUGAUAGCAAGAAGAUCGUUAUCAACAAUACAAUCAACCAAAAGAUUCUUAUCACAGGAAAUCAAAACUAAUACUAAUAAAAACAAAAGAUACAUACAAACAAUCCCACUUUCAACAGCCAACCCCAACUCAUCAUCAAAUUUAUUUUAUAAUGAUCAAAAUAAAGAACCUAAAUUAAUAGAAAGAAAUGAUUCAACUUCCCCAAUUAAUAAAUGGUCAAAACAUUCUUUGGGGUUCCCAUCAGCUCCUAUUUCUUUACAAUCUCCUAAACCUCAACAACAAUCUCAAUCAACAAUACCAAUAAGAAGAUCAAGGACUUCAAGAUUCAAAAAAGAACCACUUGUUCAACCACAACCAACUCAACAAUCACAAUCACCAAACUCACAACCAGAAGUAAUAGAUAUAGCAUUUGAACCAGAAAUUCAAGCAGCAUCAUCAUCCAUACAGAAUUCUAAAUCAACAACAGCAUCAACAAAACCAGUAUUAGCAACAACUAUACCCACAACAAAUACAUCAACCACACCAAAAAAGAAAAGAACACUAAAACCAAGAAAAGCAUUAAUCACAUUAUCGCAAAACGCAAUUCAACAUCUACAAGCCCUUUUAGAUCAACCUUCCCCAAAAUUGAUAAGAAUAGGAGUCAGAAAUAGAGGUUGUUCUGGAUUAACAUAUAACUUAGAAUACGUUGACCACCCAGGAAAAUUUGACGAAACAGUUGAACAAGAUGGGGUUAAAGUAUUAAUAGAUUCCAAAGCUUUAUUUUCUAUUGUUGGGUCAGAAAUGGAUUGGUUAGAUGACAAAUUAAGUUCAAGAUUCAUUUUUAAAAAUCCGAAUUCAAAGGGAACUUGCGGUUGUGGUGAAUCUUUUAUGGUUUAG